ACAAACAUUCACUCUUUACACUUUUGCCCCUACAACCCUUUUGCCCUAAUUAGUCUUCCCCCCGCCCCAAUCCAAACCACACGCCUCCACUCUCCACCACCGUCAACCACCACAACCACCACCACCACAACCACCGUCAUCCACUCAUGGAUCCUCAACUCCAGCAAGCACAACUAGCCGCCAUCCUCGGAGCCGAUCCAUCUCCAUUCGAAACCCUAAUUUCGCAUCUGAUGUCAUCAUCAAACGAACAACGAUCAAACGCAGAGCUUCUAUUCAAUCUAUGCAAACAAACCAAUCCGGAUUCACUCUUUCUCAAGCUCGGUCACAUGCUCCAGACCUCCCCUCACAUGGAGGCACGUGCCAUGUCAGCAAUUCUGUUACGGAAGCAGUUAACACAGGACGAUUCGUUAAUAUGGAACAGGUUGUCUCCGGAUACUCAAUCUUCGCUUAAAUCUAUACUGUUGACUUGUGUGCAGAAAGAAGAAGCGAAAACUAUUAUGAAAAAGUUGUGUGAUACCGUUUCGGAACUCGCUUCGAGUGUUUUACCGGAUAACGGUUGGCCGGAGCUGUUACCGUUUAUGUUUCAGUGUGUUUCGUCGGAUAAUUUUAAGCUCCAGGAGUCUGCGUUUUUGAUAUUUGCUCAAUUGUCACAGUAUAUCGGCGAGACGUUGAUUCCGCAUAUUAAGCAUUUGCACGGUGUGUUUUUACAGUGUUUGACUAGUUCAGGUAGUUCGGAUGUGCGAAUUGCUGCGUUAAGCGCGGUGAUUAACUUUAUUCAGUGUUUGAGUUCGGGCGAUCGGGAUAGGUUUCAGGAUUUGCUUCCUGCGAUGAUGACGACGUUGACUGAAGCGUUAAACGGUGGACAGGAAGCGACUGCGCAAGAGGCGUUGGAGUUGUUGAUUGAGUUAGCGGGGACGGAACCGAGGUUUUUAAGGCGGCAGUUAGUGGAGGUGGUUGGGUCAAUGCUGCAGAUCGCUGAAGCGGAGACGUUGGAAGAGGGGACGAGACAUCUUGCGAUUGAGUUUGUGAUUACGCUAGCGGAAGCUAGGGAGAGGGCGCCGGGUAUGAUGAGGAAGCUGCCGCAGUUUAUUAGUAGGUUGUUCGGGAUCUUGUUGCGGAUGUUGUUGGAUAUUGAGGAUGAGCCUGCGUGGCAUACGGCGGAGAAUGAGGAUGAGGAUGCGGGAGAGUCGAGUAAUUAUAGCGUUGGACAGGAGUGUUUGGAUCGGUUAGCUAUUGCUUUAGGUGGGAAUACGAUUGUUCCUGUUGCGUCUGAGCAGUUGCCGGCUUAUUUGGCUGCACCGGAAUGGCAGAAACACCAUGCUGCUCUUAUUGCUCUUGCACAAAUAGCCGAGGGUUGCUCAAAGGUGAUGAUCAAGAAUCUGGAACAAGUGGUGUCGAUGGUUUUAAAUUCAUUCCAAGAUCCACACCCACGUGUGAGAUGGGCUGCAAUUAAUGCAAUCGGACAAUUGGCCACAGAUCUAGGCCCAGACUUGCAAGUUCAAUACCAUCAAAGAGUGCUACCAGCUCUAGCUACUGCAAUGGACGACUUUAAUAACCCGCGAGUUCAGGCCCAUGCUGCUUCAGCCGUGCUAAAUUUCAGCGAGAACUGCACCCCUGAUAUCUUGACCCCUUACUUGGAUGGAAUAGUUAGCAAGUUGCUUGUAUUAUUACAGAACGGUAAGCAAAUGGUACAAGAAGGGGCCUUGACUGCUCUAGCAUCUGUUGCUGAUUCAUCACAGGAACACUUCCAAAAGUACUAUGAUGCAGUCAUGCCUUAUUUAAAAGCUAUAUUAGUUAAUGCAAAUGAUAAAGCGAAUCGUAUGCUUCGAGCUAAAGCCAUGGAAUGCAUUAGCUUGGUUGGAAUGGCUGUUGGGAAGGAAAAAUUUAGAGACGAUGCUAAGCAGGUAAUGGAAGUGCUCAUGUCGUUGCAAGGAUCUCAAAUGGAGACUGAUGAUCCCACUACCAGCUACAUGCUUCAAGCGUGGGCCCGUCUAUGCAAAUGCUUAGGCCAAGACUUCCUCCCUUACAUGAGCGUUGUUAUGCCUCCUUUGCUUCAAUCCGCUCAACUCAAACCUGAUGUCGUCAUUACUUCAGCAGAUUCUGAUAACGAGAUUGAUGAAUCAGAUGACGAAAGUAUGGAGACAAUUACACUUGGUGACAAAAGGAUCGGGAUCAAAACCAGCGUUCUUGAAGAGAAAGCAACCGCUUGCAACAUGUUGUGUUGUUAUGCUGAUGAGUUAAAGGAGGGUUUUUACCCAUGGAUUGAUCAGGUUGCACCAACGUUGGUACCACUUCUCAAGUUUUAUUUCCAUGAAGAAGUUAGGAAAGCAGCUGUUUCAGCCAUGCCGGAGCUGUUGCGAUCUGCAAAAUUAGCCAUAGAAAAAGGGCUUGCUCAAGGUCGUAAUGAAUCGUACAUAAAACAGCUGUCUGAUUACAUAGUCCCCUCUUUGGUUGAAGCUUUGCAUAAGGAACCCGAUACAGAAAUCUGCGCAAGUAUGCUGGAUGCCUUGAAUGAAUGUAUACAGGUAUCUGGACCACUUUUAGAUGAAAAUCAGGUGCGAAGCAUAGUGGAUGAAAUUAAGCAGGUGAUCACAGCAAGUUCGAGUAGAAAAACCGAAAGAGCAGAAAGGGCUAAAGCUGAAGAUUUUGAUGCUGAGGAAGGAGAAUUGCUUAAAGAGGAAAAUGAGCAAGAAGAAGAAGUCUUUGACCAGAUUGGUGAGAUAUUGGGAACCUUGAUUAAAACAUUCAAAGCCUCCUUCUUGCCUUUCUUUGAUGAGAUGUCAUCGUAUUUGAUGCCGAUGUGGGGCAAGGAUAAAACAGCUGAAGAAAGGAGAAUUGCAAUUUGCAUCUUUGAUGACGUGGCAGAGCAGUGUCGUGAAGCAGCUCUAAAGUAUUAUGACACAUAUCUUCCUUUUCUUCUUGAAGCAUGCAAUGAUGAGAAUCCAGAUGUUCGACAGGCAGCUGUAUAUGGACUUGGAGUGUGUGCAGAAUAUGGCGGUUCUGCUAUAAAACCACUCGUUGGAGAGGCUCUUUCAAGGUUGAAUGUGGUAAUUAGACACCCUAAUGCUCUCCAGCCUGAAAACGUUAUGGCAUAUGAUAAUGCGGUUUCUGCUUUGGGGAAAAUAUGUCAAUUUCAUCGUGACAGCAUUGACUCCGCUCAGAUUAUUCCGGCAUGGUUAAGCUGUUUGCCAAUCAAAGGAGAUCUUAUUGAGGCUAAAGUUGUUCACGAACUGCUUUGUUCAAUGGUCGAACGGUCAGAUAUGGAACUUCUGGGCCCCAACAACCAAUACGUGCCAAAAAUCGUUUCUGUAUUUGCUGAGAUUCUUUGUGCCGGCAAGGAUCUGGCAACAGAACAAACAAUCAAUCGAAUAGUCAACCUACUAAGACAACUCCAACAAACACUGCCGCCUGCUACGUUCGCAUCAACAUGGGCAUCGUUGCAGCCACAACAGCAACUUGCAAUACAAUCAUUCCUUACAUCAUAACAUGAGUAACAUCAUCCGUCAUGCAUAUACGCAAGAAGCUUCUAGAAACAUCGCCGGCUAGGCGGCUACUUUGUUUUUUUUUGUGGAAAUUGAUGUUGGUUUUUUAUGUGUCGCCCAUUCUUUGCGCCAUACAAUCAUUUUUCGGUGUGAUGUCGCGCAACAACCUCGGAUGGGUUGUUUGGUUGAGUGAACAGGUGGGAAGAAAAGUUGUGUAUUUGAUAUUUUUUUUUCGUAUAUUGUACAUCUGUCGUAGAUGGCGGUCGUCUACGUUGUGAGGUUUUUUGUUGGUCACCAAGAGUUGUUUUAGUAAAGCAACUUGUCUGAGUUUUGGGCAAAUUUUUAUUGUUUUUGACAUAAAUUAAUCAACUUGUUCAUUUGGCUUUUAUAAUUUAUCACUUGUUUGCUUUGAA